GGAAUAUUUACAUUUAGAAGACAACUCCUUUACAGGUGAAAUUCCUCAAUUUAUUUUCAACGCACCUUCUUUGGGAGAGGUUUACCUUUCCAACAACCAUUUCAACGGUAACUUGCCAGAAGAGAUGUGCCAUCAACUCCCUUUACUUGAAGUCUUUGGAGUUGUUAACAAUCAAUUAGAUGGAAGUAUUCCAAAAUCAAUAAGUAACUGUACAUCAUUGCUAGCCUUAUAUUUGGAUUUGAACUCGUUUUCAGGUUUUAUACCCAAGGAGAUAGCCAAUCUUAAUAAGCUUGAAGAGCUGGAUUUCUCACCUGCUUUGGAAUAUCUUCAUCAUGGUUCUUCUACACCAGUUGUUCAUUGUGACAUAAAACCAAGUAAUAUAUUGUUGGAUGAAGAUAUGGUAGCCCACCUUAGUGAUUUUGGUAUUGCCAAAUUGCUAGGUGAGGGACAGAUGGAAAUUUAUACCAAGACUUUGGCUACAAUAGGCUACAUGGCACCAGAGUAUGGAUCACAAGGAAUUGUUUCCUUUCAAGGAGAUGUAUAUAGUUAUGGUAUUUUGUUGAUGGAAAUGCUUACAAGAAAGAAACCUACAGAUGAGAUGUUUGUUCAAGGUAUGAGUUUGAAAGACUGGGUUAGCAAAUCAAUGCCUCAUUCCAUCAUUAAUAUUCUAGAUGUCAAUUUACUGCCAAAAGAUGAUCAAAAUAUUGGCAGCAUAUUGUCACAUAUAUCAUCACUUUUUGAGUUGGCCUUGCAUUGUUGCAUUGAUUUACCUGGGGCAAGAAUUAACAUGAAGGAUGUAGUGGUAACACUGAACAGAAUCAAGGCCUCGUUUAUAAAAGAUAUUAGAGACACCCCUAAAUACUUGAAUAAUUAUUAGAUCAAAUUUUAAUUAUUGCUCCUUUAGCUUUUUCUCCUUGUAUUUUUUCGGUUGAACUUUUAACCCUGAAAAAUGGAAUGAUGAUGUUUUUCUAUAUUGUAUUUUAUAGUGCAUUUAAAUUUUGAAUGUUGGCAUAUAGCAAAUUUAUUGUUACUAUUGCAUUUGAAUAAUGAGAACAUUCAAACCUUUAUCUAUUGUGAA